AUGCCCGACCCCAACAAUGACAGUGUGUCAAGCAACCCUCGACCAAACGAGUACACCUCACUCCUGUCCAAACCAAUCGACGAUGCAUCAUGGAACGAAACCCUAGAAGAAAGCCCUUACUCACGAGACCUCGUCCUCGCCGAAUUCUGGCUAUUGCUCAAAGACUCGAUCCCCGUGAUCCUAGCAUACACGCUACAAAACAGUCUCCAAACAGUAUCAGUGCUGAUAAUCGGCCGCUCAUCACCACAAAAUCUGGCAACGAGUGCAUUUUCACAGAUGUUCGCCAUGGUCACUGCGUGGAUGAUUGCACUCGGCGGUACAACGGCCUUGGAUACACUUGCCUCAUCUUCAUUCACGGGCAGCGCCAACAAACAUGAUCUGGGAAUCCUGCUUCAACGCGGAUUUCUGGUUUUGGGUCUUUUCUAUAUACCAGUUGCUAUCCUGUGGGCUUGUUCUGAACCAGUCUUCCUCUUCCUGGGACAAGAUCCGCAACUUUCUCAUGAUAGUGCGCGGUUUUUGACUUACUUGAUCCCUGGGGGUCUGGGAUAUAUCUAUUUUGAGGUCAUGAAGAAGUAUUUACAGGCGCAAGGAAUCAUGCGAGCAGGAACAUACGUCCUUCUUAUUACAUCGCCACUCAACGCCGGACUCAACUAUCUAUUCUGCUACACAUUCGGAAUCGGCCUUCUAGGUGCCCCAUUGGCAACAGGCCUCUGUUACUGGCUCUCAUUCGCCUUGCUAGUCCUCUACGCACGCUUUAUCAAUGGCUCCGAAUGCUGGGGCGGAUGGUCGCGUGAGGCCUUCCAAAACCUAGGCAUAUUCGCCAGACUAGCCCUCCUCGGUGUUGUCCAUGUUGGAACAGAAUGGUGGGCCUUUGAAAUCGUGGCAUUGGCAGCCGGGCGCCUUGGAACAAUCUCCCUCGCUGCCCAGAGUGUCAUCAUGACUGCGGACCAAGUACUCAACACAAUCCCAUUCGGAAUUGGAGUUGCCACUUCCGCGCGCAUUGGAAACCUACUUGGGAGUAGAAACAGCACCGGAGCUGCUCGGGCAGCGCAUACAUCUGCAGUGCUCAGCAUGGUCUUCGGUGGAGUUGUGUUGGCCGUUCUUAUUGGGACACGGGACCACUUCGCGAAGAUAUUCAAUGAUGAUAGGAGUGUUGUGCAGCUUACUGCUAAGGUCUUGCCUUACGUGGCGCUUUUCCAGAUUGCUGAUGGGCUCAAUGGGAGCUGUGGCGGGAGUUUACGUGGUAUGGGACGGCAGCAUGUGGGUGCUUUGGUUAAUUUGGUGAGUUACUAUUGCGGUGCAUUGCCGCUCGGUAUUUGGCUUGCUUUCCAUGGCUGGGGGCUUCAGGGUCUGUGGGUUGGCCUUCUUACCCUCUCUGUCCUGGCUGCCGGGCACGGGGACCAUAGCCAAACUCCAUUGGCCGGUCCUCACCAAAGCCUUUGGUACAACACUCUACCAGGCGAUGGCGGUACCCAAGCCGACUCCGUCUUCUCCGGAAUCUCAACCUUCGGCCGCCUACCGUACUUCCCAUGCCUGUCGAGCGAAGCCGAGAAGUACGAUAUCGCAUUCCUAGGAGCCCCCUUUGACACCGGAACCUCUUACAGACCAGGUGCCCGCUUCGGACCUAGCGGCAUCAGACAAGGUUCUCGUCGCCUCAAUCUCUACGGUGGCUACAAUGUACCGUUGCAGGCGAACCCAUUCGAUAGCGAUAUGCGGAUUUUGGAUUGUGGUGAUGUGCCAGUUACUUCCUACGACAAUGCAUGGGCUAUCCAGCAAAUUGAGGAAGGACAUAACAGUAUCCUGAUGCGCAAGCCUUUCACCGAUGCCGAUAAAUUGGGACUCUCGAGGGCUGGUAAGACCCUUCCUCGUGUCAUUACACUUGGUGGAGAUCAUACUAUUACAUUGCCCCUGCUGCGGAGUAUUAAUAAGGCUUAUGGGCCUGUGACGGUUAUUCAUUUUGAUAGUCACUUGGAUUCGUGGAAACCCAAGGUCUUUGGUGGCUCUCCUAGCCAGGUUGCUGCUAUUAACCACGGGACAUACUUCUAUCAUGCUGCUAUGGAGGGACUGUUGAAGAACGACACUAACAUCCACGCUGGAAUUCGUACCACGCUUUCAGGUCCGUCUGACUAUGAGAAUGAUGGAUACUGUGGAUUUGAGAUUGUUGAGGCCCGAGAGAUUGAUACAAUUGGGACGGAUGGCAUUAUCAAGAAGAUCCGCGACCGUGUUGGAACAGACAACCCUGUCUAUCUUUCAAUUGAUAUUGACACAUUGGAUCCUGCUUUCGCACCGGCCACCGGUACCCCAGAGACUGGCGGAUGGUCCACGCGCGAACUGCGGACUAUCAUUCGUGGCCUGGACGGACUGAACUUUAUUGGUGCGGAUAUUGUCGAGGUGGCUCCGGCGUAUGAUACCAAUGCGGAGUUGUCAACUAUGGCUGCCGCCGAUGUGCUGUACGAGGUGCUUACGAUCAUGGUAAAGAAGGGACCGCUUUCUAUUGGCGAGUCACAUGAGCAGCUGUGA